AUGCAAUCUCUCGUCCUCCCUCAUUCUUUUGCGGCAUCAGAAUUUGGACGUCUUCGAUUCCCAGGCCCCGAGCGGUAUCCGUUGAAUCGGCCUCGAUCUGCAAAUGCUCGACGGUUCACACCUCGGGAUCUUCCACUCCCCUGCUCUAUGUCCAGCUCAGUUCCAGCAGAGGACCCGCUGGAGACCCUAGGAAAUGUCAGGCGGCCUGGACACCCAGACCUGCCGAAGCCGGUAACGACUACUACUGGCAGUUCUGUUGGCGCAGCAUCAGCGACUACCGCAGGGCCCAUCCUUUCUCCGACAUCUCCAGACACAGCUCGAGAACCCACGUUGCAGCGUCUCGUAACAGCACCGGGAGACGAGGCGCUGCGGCAGUCGCUCGUCUUCAGCGAGCCAUUUUCAUCAUCACGUUUCCCACCAGCAUUUACAGGACAACCAUCCGCACAGACCUCAACGGCAGCAUAUCCGCCACCAACGUUUGGGGCUGCGGCAACCGCAUCAGCAUCUCGUACACUGCCGCAAAAGACCACCCGACGAACAAAGGCUCAUGUCGCAUCGGCAUGUGUCAACUGCAAGAAGAAGCAUUUGGGCUGCGAUCCGGCCCGGCCGUGCCGCAGAUGUGUAUUAUCUGGCAAAGCUGAUACUUGCGUCGAUGUCACGCAUAAGAAGCGAGGGCGGCCACCGCUGAAAGCGGAGGAGGGUUCAAUCCGAACGUAUGCAACGCAGAUGGAUCACAGGGGAGCACCAGGGGACCACGGAGCAGCGAGACGUCCGAUGCAUCGUGCGACAUCAUCUCGCGAACUUCGGCCUAUGACUGAUCUUCAGAUUCAUCCCGCGCAAACGGGGAUGAUGGGUGGACGACCACUUCCAGGACAACACCAACGAUGGCCGGUGGUAUAUCCACAUGGCAUAGACCCCUCACUGACAACACAGAGGACGAUGGGCCAUAGACGAUUUUCUUCCUCCGGAUCUGCUCAAUCCAUGACUGCUGUUACGCCACCAGGCUAUAUGACCGUUCCUGCAGGCUACAAUCCGGCUCUGAUACCUGGUCGUAUGCCUGCCGGCGAUGGAAGACAUUCUAUGUCAUCUUAUCCAAACCCGCCAAUGCACCCCACAGCAUCACCUCCGCUAUAUCACCAACCGUACGGUGUGCCGAUUUCUCCCUAUCCAGAACACACUGGAAUUGUGAACCGCAUGUCAAUGGGUGAGGCUCCUGUCCAGAGAGACCCUCGCGAGGGGUUGUUAGAGUCUCCGGUCAGACUUCCUCCCAUUUAUCCUUCGCCGGUAGCCAACCCGCAGCCACCUCGACCCACCGAACCUUAUACGGCGGCGUGGUCACCACCGCAUCAGCAAGCACAAGAUUUUCGCCAACAGCAGGGGGGAUUAUUGGAGCCGUUGUCCCCCAGCAACCAGAUGCGCCCGUCUGUCACCGACGUUGGUCAAAUGAGUCAUCUCAGUGCUUUGUCUCCUACAGAAGCGAGGUCGCAACGACUGCCGCCCCCUCGCACCUACGAUGAGCAACGCGAGCACGAAACCGAUGAUGGGGACUCGUCGCGGCCCGCGAAGCGCCGUAAAAUGGCACUGGAUGACAUGGUCAACGACUAA